AAGCUCCCGAACGUUAUCAGAAUGCGUCGUAACUGGCUUCUGCGCUGCAGUAUCCUGAUCAACGUGGCCGUGCUGCUGUACAUCGGCAGCCAUCUGCUGAUCGGCAGCGGCAACUUUGCCCUCGGCCCGGCCUACAUUAUAUCGGACGAGGUGCUGAAACCGCAGCCUGGCGGUGAACAGUUUCUCCCCGCCCAGCAACGAUUGCUGGAGGCCGAGCAUCAGCUGUUUGACCAGCAUCAGCAGCAGGCGCUACAAUCGCAAUCCCAGCAAGGACACAGUAGCUUAGUGUUUAAAAUUCAGGAGAAUGGGAUCGGUGUGCAGGAAGUGUCCCAGCAGACGCAGCAACAGCAGUUGCGACCGAGCGGUGGUACCCAGCAACAGCAGGAACAGCAGCAGCAGCAGCAGCAGUUGAUGCUAGAAACACGAGAUGUAGAUAACAGUAAUCUUAAUGUAGACGAUAGUCGUUUCGAUGUGCCAACGGAAAAGAGUACCGUCCGGAAGAUGGUCGGUGGCGAUGUGCUUUACCAGGACGGCCAGCAGCCGGCGGGCGGGGGACCGGGCGGUGGUGCGACGGGUGUGCUCAACGGUAGUGAUAUCUUUUCCACCACCGCAUCCAUGGACGUCGAUGCUAAACUGAGAUCGCUGCUCAACUGCCACGACCGUGACUACGAGCCAUACAUUGGACAGCGAGGAGACUUUUGGGUUAUGCGGAACUAUAUCCGGGCGGAACACGGUGACCUGCGGUGUCACGAAACAAUCACCUAUACAACGCACGCAGACUACACGUUUCUGGACAAUUUAGUACCACUGCUGGAAAGGUGGAACGCUCCAGUUAGCCUUGCGCUUCACGCACCCGGCACGGAUUUUGUGCCCACGAUCAAUUCAAUAAAAUAUCUAAGAGACUGCGUACCAGAGAGUCAUUUAGUCCGACAGUUUGUCACAUUUCAUAUUUAUUUUAGUAGUAAACAUAUUCCAAAAUUUGUUCCUAAACACAAUCAAGUAUUAGACACACCGUACAACUGUUCGCUGGCGGUACCGUACUUUAACGUGUCCGUAAUGCAGCUCUACAAGACGCAGAAGAAGCUGCUGUAUCCGGUGAACGUCGGGCGAAAUAUUGCACGCGAUGCGGCAAUGACACAUUUCCUUCUAGCUAGCGAUAUUGAAUUGUAUCCCAAUCCGGGUCUAGUGCAUAAGUUUCUCGAAAUGAUUGCACGGAACGAACCGGUGCUGCAGCGUAAGAAUCCAAGAGUCUUUCCUCUGCCGAUAUUUGAAGUAGAUAAUAAUUCACCGGUGCCACGUGAUAAAGCGGAACUGCAGGAGCUAUUGCGCACUGGUAAGGCAAUCCCUUUCCACAAGCGCGUCUGUUCCAGCUGCCAUGGUGUGCCGAAGUCCAAGGAGUGGAUUGCCGCCAACGAAACCGACGAUUUGGGCGUGUUUCACAUUGGCAAACGAAUCGGUUACUUUGUGCACUGGGAACCGAUAUACAUUGGAACGCAUGCCGAUCCACACUACGACGAGCGGUUAAGUUGGGAAGGGAAGAGUGACAAAAUGACACAGGGUUAUGCACUGUGCGUACUGGAUUACGACUUUCACAUACUCGACAACGCAUUCCUGGUGCACAAACCGGGUAUUAAGGUCCUAAAGAAGGAUCCCAAACGUGCAAUGCUGGCCGCCAAAACGAACCAACUGAUCAAGAAGAUGAUCUACCCGGAGCUGCAGGUCAUGUACGGGACGCGCAAGGGCUGUGCUGUAUAG